AUGGCUUCCGCUGUCGCGGAUUUAGAGGCUGGUCUUCAGGCCAUGCUCAACCUAAAACCACCAGGUGUAUCUGGAUCUCGCAUCACCAGUUUGACAUCACUUUGUGUUUCCAACAUUCAGUCCGAAUCAGUCCUUAUUCAAAAAAUCUUCACACACUUCAAAAAGGCACCUGGAACACACAAGUUGGGGGUACUCUACGUCGUAGACUCUGUAACCCGAAAAUGGCUCGAGCAAGCCAAGGCACAGGCGCAGGCAAUAGACAGCUCUGCCCCGGAUGGAACCUACGCCGCUGGCGUCAACCGAGUGACAGAACUCAUGCCUGUUUUGAUGAAUGACAUCCUGCAAUCCGCCCCCAAAGAACAAAAGGACAAGAUUAAGAAACUCCUUGACAUCUGGGAGAAGGGUCAGACAUUCCCUACACCAAUGCUCGAGUCUUUCAAAGAAAAGCUCAACGCACCACAACAAAAUGAGUCGACAACUCCUCCUGGCAGCCCACCUGCGAACGCCCUCGGUUCAGCUCGAGGCAGCGCUUCUGCUACUCCCGCUCCUUCAGCACCUGCUGCCCCUCCGGCUGCUAGUGGUUCAUCUAUUCUUGAGGCUCUAGCUAACAUCGCUCGUCAAAACACGAGUGCGCCCCCGGCUAACCCCCCUGUGCCAGCUCCUACAGCAUCGUAUAAUAUGCCUGCUUCUGGGACACCUCAGCCAGUGCCAUCUGCCAUGCCGCCCGUAUCGUAUCCUUCAGCAUCGCAGCCUGUGAGCAUGCCAUCCAUGCCCUACGGUAUGCCGCAUAUGGCGGCCCAAAAUGGAUAUGGAGGCUCUCCUAUAAACAAUCCGAGUAACCCGCCUCCUAACCCGCUUAAUGGGGCCUUGGCUGGAGCCGCUGCUGCGGCCCCUGGUCUUGGUCUUGAUCCAAAAGCCCAGCAGCAGAUCAUGUUGAUCAAGGCGCUGGCUGACCAAGGUGUUCCAUUUGAUAAAAUUCCCGCUCUGAUCCAGAGCAUGACUGGCGUUGCCGUAGGCGGUGUCGCUCCCCCGGCUCAGCAAUCUAUGCCGUAUGCUCAGAACUCUCCUGCUCCUGCCCAGCCUGCAUGGGGUUCUCUUGUAAGCAAGCCAGACGAUUCGCGCAUGCCAGGGUAUGGUCAUACAAGGUCUCCUCCUAGAUAUAAUGGACGUUCCCGCUCGCGAUCCCCCGACCGUGGCUGGGGUGGUGUUCGUGGCUCGCCUCGAAACGGACGUGAUCGCCUAGACUACGGACGUGACUCUCCUAACCGUGGCCGUCAAGAUGAUCGCCGUGGGGCUGAUUAUCGCCAGCGUAGCCCUCACGGUCACCGAGGUCGAAGCGAAACUCCCCUUCAUGAUCAAGGCCCGGCCGAGAAGUGGGUUGAGUACGAUGCAAACCUUCCAUCAGGACAUAUCAAAGUUUUUAGCCGGACGCUUUUUGUUGGCGGUGUCACUUGCUCCGAGAGUGAAUUGCGCGGCAUCUUUGGUCGUUUUGGUACUGUGCAGACAUGUAUCGUAAAUAAGGACAAGCGACAUGCAUUCGUCAAGAUGCUAAGCCGACAGGAUGCUGUCGCCGCCAAGCAGGGUACUGAGGAUUCCCGUAACUUGGAAGUGCCUCUUCGUACUCGCUGGGGCGUUGGCUUUGGUCCUCGGGACUGCAGCGACUACUCGACCGGUGUCAGCAUUAUCCCUAUCCACAAGUUGACGGAAGCCGAUCGCAAAUGGAUGGUGACCGCACCCUAUGGUGGUAGCGGUGGGCGUCCGAUUGAGAGUGGCUUGUCGGUGGAGGAGCCCGAUAUUGAGAUUGGCGCAGGAGUAUCAUCAAAGGCCAUCAGCCGGCGCAUGCAGACAGACAAGGGUGGUAGUAACGGGCCUAAGUCAACUCGCAACCGGGACGAGGACCUUUCUCGAUGGCGCCGAAGCCGAGAUAACGGCAGCAACAGUGGCAGCAACAGCGGCAGCCACCAUCGCCGAGACGAUCACCGUGAUCUUCCACAAGAAGGACAGGGCUCGAAUCCCUCGUUCCCCUUUGGUAUUGGCACCUUGCCCAACGGCAUGCCUAACUUUCCCGCUGGGUUCUCAUUCCCUGACCCAACCAACUAA